AUGGAUAGGAUGUUUGAUGAAUUUGCAAAUCUCUGGAUGAAAAUGAAGAUUCAAGUUAAAACCAAAGAAGAGCUUGAUUCAAAACAGUACAUAUUCAGACCUCGUGCUUUUGACAUUAAAGAUGUCAUUGAAAUGGACGUAUCUACCCUCGAAAGUUCGAUUGCCAAUGAAGCUUUCUCAGAGUGGAAGGAGUUGGCUUCAGAGGAAGUAUCUGUUGAAAGUGAAAAGCAACUUAUUAGAUCAUUGGUGGGUGAUGAUGACCCAAUCCCAGAUGUGAGGAAGCCUGCCAAGCGACAGUCUGGUAAAGAGGGGAAUAUUCUUGUUGAAGACAUAGUGAAAUUGGGCAGUCGAGCAGAGGAUGCUGGCUGA